AUGUACAAGUCAAGUGUGUAUAUAAUUAUAUUCUUUAUAGCAGUGGAAUUUUCAUCUGCAUCUUUGAAACUUGAGGAACUUGGAGAGAACCUUUCGAAACUGGCACCGGUGUUACACAAUACUUGUGUCAAAAAAACAGGAAUACCCGAAGCUACAAUAUCAAGCAUGAGAGAAGGAAAUUUUGAGGAAGAAGACAAAUCAAAGGAAUAUGUCACAUGCAUAUGGCUGGAAUCCCAAAUUAUUAUACCUGAUGGUACUCUGAACAGGGAUCGCAUGAUGGAACUUUGCCCUCCGGUGUUACACAAUACUUGUGUCAGAAAAACAGGAAUACCCGAAGCUACAAUACUAAGCAUGAGAGAAGGACAUUUUGAAGAAGAAGACAAAUCAAAGGAAUAUGUCACAUGCAUAUGGCUGGAAUCCCAAAUUGUUAAACCUGAUGGUACUCUAAACAGGGAUCGCAUGAUGGAACUCUGUCCUCCUCAGAUAAAAGAAACAGGUCCAAAAAUAGUACUAGGAUGUUGGGAGAAAGUUAAAGAGGUGACUCCCCUGGAGAAGAGAGUAUACGAACUGCAGAAAUGUUUCUACAAAUCUGAUCCAGAGAAUCAUAUUAUGAUUUGA